AUGGGGGGAGAGAUUCUUAAACAUUUAGAGGAGAACAUCUGUCCAUUUAUUGAUCUGAUUGACAAACUGCGGUUAGUUGGCAUUCAGAAAGACUUAAACAUCUCACUACCGACUAUUGUAGUAAUCGGAGAUCAGAGUUCUGGAAAAAGUUCUGUACUGGAAGGGCUGUCUGGUGUUGCAUUACCAAGAGGGAGUGGGAUUGUCACCAGAUGUCCACUGGAGCUGAAGCUGAGGAAGGUAACAGAUGCAAUCAGCUGGAAGGCAACUCUAUCUUACCACCUGAAGAAAACUGAACUUGUGAACUCAUUAGCUGGUAAUUCUGCUUCCCAGAAUCAAGUGGCUGGAAACGGCGCAGGAAUCUCUGAUGAACUCAUCACUUUAGAGAUUAAUUCAUCUGAUGUCUGUGACCUCACGCUGAUCGAUUUACCUGGAAUUGCCAGAGUACCAGUAAAAGGACAACCACUGGAUAUCGGAAGCAAAAUCAAAACUCUGAUCAUGAAGUAUAUUAGAAAGCCUGAAACUCUAAACAUGGUUGUGGUCCCAUGUAACAUUGACAUUGCAACAACAGAAGCACUGAAAAUGGCACAGGAAGUAGAUCCUGAGGGUACAAGGACUUUCGCCGUUUUGACCAAGCCAGACCUCAUAGACAAAGGAACUGAGGGGAAUGUUUUGGCCAUUGCCCAGAACAAAGUUAUUCCUCUGCGGAAAGGUUACAUCAUGGUAAAGUGUAGAGGUCAACAGCAGAUUGAUGAAAACAUUUCUCUGGAGGAGGCUUCACAGAUGGAGAGAGAUUUCUUCAAGAAACAUAAACAAUUCAGACGUCUUUUGACUGACAACAAGGCUACUCUUUCCUGUCUUGCUGUUGAACUGACUGUGCAUCUUGUUAAUCAUAUAAAGAAAUCACUGCCGCUGCUCGAUGAAGAGGUUAAAAAGCAGUUAUCAGAAGUGAGAAAUGAGAUAAAGAAGAUUGAGUGUGGACCACCACUGGACACUCAGGGAGCCAAACAAUAUCUCAUUAAGAUCUUAUCAGAAUUCAAUGAAAAAAUUAAGUUCUUAUCAUUGGGGGAACUGAUCAUUGAAGACAAUUUGUUUACUCAGCUUCGGAAAGAAUACAAGAAGUGGAAUGAUCAUCUAAACAAGAUAAUAUCAUCCUUUAACAAUCCGACUGGAAAGGUGAAAGAACAAAUCGUAAACAACAGAGGACGAGAACUGUCCGGCUUCAGCAGCUACAGAGUGUUCGAGUCACUUCUACAGGACCAUGUUAACCAACUUAAGGAUCCAGCUUUUGUCUUGCUUAAUACCGUGAAAGACAUCGUCCUCAAGCAGUUCUUAUGCCUGUCUACUGAGUGUUUCCAGAGAUACCCUAAUCUUCUAAAAAUCACUGUGGACAAAAUCGACCAAAUUCAGGCAAGUCAGCAAAACAAAGCUGAAGAGAGGAUCAUGGAGCAGUUUGAAAUGGAAAACAUGAUUUGUACACAAGAUGAUAUUUUCUUUAAGACCCUGAAUGAGAAUGGCAACAUUACAUUUUCAGAAGCUCAGUUACCUAUUUAUGAUAUAGCAAGCAAGUACAGUGAUAUGCUGAAGGCUUAUUAUAAGAUUAUGGUGCAGCGCAUGGCUGACCAGGUGCCCAUGCUGACCCGCUAUUUCAUGUUGAAAGAAGCCGUUCAGCUCGUGUGUAAUGAUAUGCUGACACUGUUGGAAGAAGCAGAUGUGCGUGGAUUCCUAAAUGAGGAUACUGAUGUCAGUAGAAAGCGCGGAGAGUUACAGGCUCGCCUGGAAUGUUUGGCCAUUGCCCAGAAUGAAAUUUGCCAAUUUUUUUCAGGAAACAAAUAAUCUCUACUAUCUAUAAAUGCAUCAUUGAUAUAAAA